UGCUCUGCGCGAGCCACACCGAUGUCUUGUUUAGUGUUUAAUGUUACAUUUUUGCUACUAGCGGAGUUUUCGACCCAGACAUUAUAAGUUCAUUUGCUCACUUUUUGAUCCAAAUCUGCACGGGUGACAUAUAAAAGUGAAGUCGUGUGCAGACAGUCGCUCACGUGACAGAAAUAGUUGCGGGAAAACCGGACGGAUCUUUUGAAACAUUAAUAACAGGUUGGCGACGCGAUUAUAUUUCUACGUUUAUUACCGAAUCGUCCGUUAUUGACGAACUGUCGGAAGUUUCAGUACGGGGCGUCAGUAAAGAACAACUAUCCCUACAUAACGUAAGGAGCAUUUAGAAAUGACUGCACCAAAUCCCGGAGAAGUGAAAAGAGGCAUAUGUGUGAUCUGGGAGAAUUUACAGUGUCCAAUAUGUUUGGAUUUGAUGAGCACACCAGUGUCAACCAGGUGUGACCACCAAUUUUGCAAAUUCUGCAUUAUGAAGCUACUGGAAAGGAGUAAAAGGAAAGAAGCCUGUUGUCCUGUGUGCAAGAUGACAGUUACCAAAAGGAGUUUACAGGAAAGUCCAGGGUUCCAGAGGCUGGUAGAAGGAUUACAGAAUUUAAUCCAGUCUUAUGAAUUUGACACAUGCACAAACUAUUUUACAGGCAUGCCACAGAAAAGGAAAGUAGCCAGUGUUGAAACAGAGUCGAGGGAUCAGAAUAGCAUCGAGGAGAACAAGGCCCCGGAGGAUGAUGGGAUGGAGAAAGCACAGUCUCCUUCCUCCUCAGCAGCAGCUAAGGAUGCCUUUGCUAGACUGAUGGGUCUUGAGGAUUCAUGUAGUGCUGAUCCACAGCAGGACUGCUCUGAUAGCGAUCUGGGUUAUCUGCCUCGAGACUGUGAGAAGAAACAAACAGAACCUGAAGACUUCCUUUCAGAAAGAGAGGACAGGCUAAGUAAUUCACCAAUAGGUCUAAACGAUGGAACCAGUAAAUGCAAAAAGCCAUCAGGCCUCAGAUCCCAAUCAAGGGUUGGCUUGGAAUCAGACAGAAUUGUGGACAAAAGGCAGAAGAAGAGUCUGGAAAAGGUUUCUGAGUGGCUGAUGAAAAUUUCCCCCUCUUCCCACACCCAGAUGGGAGAUAACCGCACAUUUCUUUCCAUUUGUAAUGACAGUGAUUCUGAGAAAGACAGCAUAUGCUCAUCUGCUCCUACAGAGGUCGUUGUGAAAGCUAACGAUAAGGUAAAUCCGUCCAGGGAGGCACCAGGACAGUGUCUGGAGAAGCAGAUUUUUGGCGCAGUAUAUAAACGCGAGCGCACAGCUGCCAAGACCAGAGUGAGCAGAGCUUACUCUCCUGAGAGAGAGAUUAUGACUACCCCUUGUCCUCUUAAUGUAGUAGAAAAGGAAAGAAGGAUUAGGAGACAUGUGUCUAAAAAGCAGCCAAGCGGUAAGUUGAGUCCAGCAGAUUUCAUAAAGAAACUGUCCUCUGAUGAUAAAGCAGACGUUGUUCAUGAGGAACCCAUGGAAUCUGCUGUACAGAACAUUGAAGAAGCAAAGAAACAAGGAAACUGUGCUGAAUUGAACAGUAACAUGCUACUGAAACGUUCAGAAGAGAAUGAGAAGUUGAUGGAGAACUGUACAGAUGGAAAUGGUGUUGGUACGAUGGAAAACAGUCCUGAGUUUUAUGUACCAGUUAAGAGAAAGGGGAGACAGUCAAAGGUGAAGAUGAAAGAUGCUUGGCAAAAUGUGGACUGUGACUUGAAGGUGAACAAUAGUGACAAUGUAAAAGAUCGCAAGAGACGCAUGAGAAGGAACAACUGUGAGAGUACAGAAGAUGAAGAAUUGGAGGAAAGCAAGAAUGUAAAGUACACUAGGCCCCUUGCCCUGGUCAGUGCUGGAACUGAGACUGAUGGUUUUAUCCCUAAGUUGACAAGUAAACCGAAGAUAACCGAGGCAGAGGUUACUAUUGAAAGUUAUCCGAGCAGUGCAGAACAACAGUUACCUGAUUCCAGGAAAACCAGACGAAGUUUAAGGCUGCAGGCAUUCACGGCAGAAGUGCAGGGCCCUCGGGAGAGGAGGCGAUCUGUACGGGUGCCGCCAAAACCUGCUGACAAACCUGCAAGUGAUCCGUCAUCUUCUUUCAUCCCACCCGGAGUGAAUGCUACAAAUACGCGUGUAGAUAACGAUGCAAAUCAAGGAAAAGCAAGCCCUGCACAGUUUCAGAGUAGGACAGCUGAUGAGCAGUCUGUAAAGAGAAAUGGAUGUGUUUACAACAGUGACUUUCAAAUAAUCGAGACGGUUCAGUCAAGUGAGGAAGCAGCUCCUUUGAAUUGCAUAACUGGGGAAAUUAUUCUUGAUGAAAAUUCGUCCGUUUCUGCUGUCCUGGACACGAUGGAUUUUGAUAGACAACAUGUCCCUGCUUCUGCCACGGUUGUCAGCUUGCCUGAUCCCUUAGCGGCUGGCUCGCCUCGUGCAUCUGUACCAGACAAACAUCAGGAGUCUCCAUCUGCAGCUGUUGUUGCUCCACCAGCUGUACAGGCAGCACCAGCUGCUGCUUUGAUGCCUGCUGGGCAGAGCAGAUGUGUAGACGAAGAGGGCGAGACUAAUGAUAGUGAACUUGACACGGAGCAACUCUUGAAAACCUUCAAGGCUACAAAGAGGAAGUCCUUCUGCCUACGGAGUCCUACAGCAUCCCUAUCUAAAGGCCAGGAGAGUGCUCUGGGUAGGGUCGUAGAGGAUAAGCUGCUUGAGGGACAGGGCCCAGACACUGCCUGUCGGAGCAAUGGCCAUAAUACAGGUCCUGCAAAUGUUUCCCAUAGUGACCUGCUUCCACUUUCAAACCAAGGUGAGCUUUCACCCUCUGAGAAAUCAUCUCAAAUGUCUCAUGGCAGUCUUGGAAAUGCAGGUGUUGUGAGUGUCACACAGUAUCAGGCAUCAUCAUCUGCUCUUGCCUUGGGUAGUGAAGAGCAUGCUCUCCUGAGGAACUCGGGGGUGAGUUCGAGCCCUGCAUUGAGUCCCAACAAGGUCACAAAGCCUUCUCAAGAUUCCAGGCAUCCUGGGAACUCUGAAAUGGUUUAUCAUUUCCAACUUUUCUCUGCUAGUGUCACUGAGGAGGAGACACAGAUCUGUAGUGAUAAGAGCACCAGAAAGGAUCAGUCUCCAGGAGCUUGUCUACCAAAGAGACUUGACAUCUCCCAGGAAAACCAGGGGGAUAAUUUGCAAUCAAAAAGUUACUUGAACUCAAACAAAGCUUCAGAUAUUUCGGUAGGGAGCAUGACAAACUCUGGAGUUCACAGUAACCACUGGGAGUCCUCCACCACCCCAGAUGGGCUCGUACCGGGUGUUACUGAGCCUCUCGUGCAUCAGAUCGUAGAACCUGCAGCCCAUCACAGCUCAGAGAUGGAGGAGGAGGGGGAUGUGGGCAUCCUGUCUCAGCCAUGUGUGCGCAGGAAGAGGAAGGCUCAGCGGCUGAACUCCUCAGAGUCCGAGCUCAGUGCCGAGGACGAUUACCUCCCAUCGUUGGCCCAGAUAUUCAGGUCUCGCCGUGCGCCCUUUCCAUCUGCCAGAAGGCCACUGCAAGAGUCAGAUUUUUCAAACCAACUCAAAGAACAAAGGCCAAAGGCAGGAUUAGACUCUGCAAGUCAUCAAAGUCAUCCUCUCGGUGAAGCAGAGCCUGAAGUGCUGUCGGGUCACGUGAGCCCUGCUCACAAACAGGACGCGCCUGAGAAUGUAAAUGCCACAGCAACUAUAUCAGCGGGACAACAUGUGCUUCCCCAUUCCUGCAGAGAUGAAUGCAUUACUUCUAGCCAAGGAUCUGUGGAUCUUUUCGGGACACCAGAAGAAUCUGAAGCUGUUGAUGAUGGGUUUGGCAAUGCAGGACCUUCCAUGGAUUUAUCUCAAUACUCAAGUGAAAUUAUUAAUACGCAGCAACGAGAGGAGAUGCAGCAGGAGCUGUGUAGGUUGAGAAGGAUGAUGGCCGUGGUGUCGGAGGCUCUUCAGCAUUCGGACUCUGGAGCCAGACCCGACCCCGACGACCCUGGCCGCCUUCCCUCAGACCAUAGCCCAGGUGCUGACCUUAGAGAAGCCGCACAGCAUGAGCCUGAAAGACAACCAGACAGACUGAGUGGCCCUCACUCUGCCCCGGGUCCUGCUUGUCUGCCUCAGGGCCCUGCACCGCUCCACGCCUCGAAUGCCCCACACAUCCCACAUACCUGGCCUCCUGUCCCCAGAGCUCACGCAAAGAAGGGGCUGCGAUCCGGUCAGAGGUCUGGCAACAGCGAAAGGCUGACGACCCAGUCAGAGGUGGCGCUAGAGGUCAAAGGUCUUGGAGCUGUGUCAGAGGGUGCACCCGCCGUGUCGGAGGAGGAGCGAGAGAAGGGGAGACCUUGUGGAGGAGUGGCCCAGCCAGGUGUGUGCAGACCAGGCAGAAGCAACACCGCUGACAAGAUGGAGCUUGUGGCGUCUGGACUCACUGCCAGUGAACUGGGCCUGGUGAAGAAAUUUGUGAUGAAGAGAGGUGGCAGUUUAAGCAGACAGAUGACUCCAAGCACAACUCAUGUCAUUAUCAAGACCGAUGGAGAUCUGGUCUGUGAGCGCACGCUGAAGUACUUCCAGGGUAUUGCUGGCAGGAAGUGGGUCGUGAGCUUCCUGUGGAUCUUAGAAUGCUUCAAACAAGGCAAAGUUCUAGAUGAAGCACUGUUUGAAGUGCGCGGAGAUGUCGUUAAUGGUCACGAGCACAACGGUCCCCGGAAAUCUCGGACGGCUCCAGACAAUAAUGAGGAGCUGCUGAUGAAAGCAUACGAGAUCUGCUUCCAGGGCUCCUUCACCGAUAUGACCACAGAUCAGAUGGAGGACAUGGUGAGGAUGUGUGGUGCUAGCGUUAUAAGAGAUCCACUGUUUUUCACCAGGCAGGGUAAGUGUCAGCUGGUGGUGGUGCAGCCUGCUUCUGAUGAUUCUCAGUCUUACUACAGAGCUCUGCAGAUGAAGGCCACAGUAGUGACCCGCAGUUGGCUUCUAGAUACCAUAGCAACCUACACUCUCCAGAACCCCGAGGACUAUAAACCCUGAGCUAGCGUCUGGCACUGGAGUUCGCUGAAGUCUUCAUUCUGCUGUAAUUGGUUCCUCUGGUGUUCUGAAAUGACUCAUUUCAUCCUUUGUAUUUGCCCUCUGUUUGCACAUGUCUGUCUCCACUAUUUAUCGACAGAUUUAAAAAAAAAAAAAAAAAUCUUAUUUUAUUUUUCUCUGUGCCUUUGUGAACAAAGAGUCUAAGAUGUUUUAAAGAUUGUUGUGAUCGCUGUCACAGAACCCUCAGUAUAUUUAGUUUGCUUUCUUUUUAAAACUGUAUUGCCACUUUACAACUUUACCACUUAGACCUGACAGUUGGACUCUGAAUUCUCACCAGAUAUUGUCCUAGAGCAUUGCAUGCACACACUUGUCAGAGCAUUGAAAACAUGCUGAUCUAAGACCUGAGGAGAUUAAA